AUGUCUACGACAGAAGAAUCUUCAGAAGAGUUGUCAACUGAAACAUCUUUGACCACAAUUGCACAGACAACUAGCUCAGGUGAUGUAGAAACUACUACAUCUGGAAUGUCUACGACAGAAUUAUCUACACAAGAGUUGUCAACUGAAACGCCUUUGACCACAAUUGCACAGACAACUGGCUCAGGUGAUAAAGAAACUAUUAUACCUGGAAUGUCUACGACAGAAAAAUCUACAGAAGAGUCAUCAACUGAAACACCUUUGACCAUAAUUCCACAGACAACUGGCUCAUUUGAUGUAGAAACUACUAUAUCUGAAAUGUCUACUAUAGAAGACUUGUCAACUGAAACACCUCUGACCAGAAUUCCCCAGACAACUGGCCCAGGUGAUGUAGGAACUACUAUAUCUGGUAUGUCUACGACAGAACAGUUGUCAACUGAAACACCUUUGACCAUAAUUCCACAGACAACUGACUCAGGUGAUGUAGAAACUACUAUAUCUGGAAUAUCAACGACAGAAGAGUUGCCAACUGAAACACCUUUGAUCACAAUUUCAAAGUCAACUGGCUCAGAAGAUGUAGAAACUACUGGAUCUGGAAUGUCUACGAUAGAAGAUUCUGCAGAAGAACUGUCAAAUGAAACUCCUCUAACAACUAUUCCACAGACAACUGGUUAUGCAGAAACUACUUUAUCUGAACUGUAUACUGCAGAGUCAUCGACAGAAGAGCUGUCAACUGAAACACAUCUGAUUACAGUUCCACAUACAACUGGCUCAGAAGAUGUAGAAACUACUGGAUCUGGAAUUUCUACUACAAAAGAAUCUACAGAACCUUUGUCAACUAAAACACCUCCCACCACAACUCCCGAUAGCCAAUCUAAAGACUGCAGCGAUUCCAGUAAUUGCAAAUCUUCCGAGAGUAUAGGAAGGGAUUGCAAAGUUUCCGAAAGUUGCAGUGCAUCUACGGAAAGUGAAGAUAAAGACUGUAGUACAACGAAACAAUGUAACUCGUCAUCAGAAAGUUACUCUUCCUCAGGAAGUAAAGAAACUGAUUGCAAGUCAACAGACAGUUGUGACAGUUUAUCCGAAAUUAAAGAGAAAAGCUGUAUAGGUUCAAAAAUCUGUAGCGAAUCUGCCGAAAGUAAGGAUUUAGAGAAGAGCUGCGGACACUCAACUAGUUGUGCCAUUUCAUCAGAAAGUAAUUCACACGAAUGUAUACAGUCGAAAAAUUGCGAUUCCUCAUCAGAUAUUGAAGAACAAGAAUGUAAAUCAUCACAGAGCUGCCAUAGUUCAUCAGAAGGUAAUGAAUACUCCUGCGAAAAAUCUAAAUCAUGCGGCAGCCAUGAUAAAGAAUGUGACUCCUCUACGGAAAGUAAAGAAUUCAGCUGCAAUUACAACUCUACAGAAAAAACACCAACUGCAACAUUAGUAACCGAACAUAAUCCUACCCCACAAACAACUAAGAAAUUGACGGAACUGUCAACUGAAAUUCAUCUCACAACAAUUCGCCAGACAAUUGGCUCUGGAAUCUCAACGACAAAGGAAUCUAUAGAAGAGUUGUCAACUGAAACACCUUUGACAACAAUUCCAAAGACAACCGGCUCAGGAAAUGUAGAAACUACAAGAUCUGGAAUGUCUACAACAGAAGAAUCUUCAGAGGAAUUGUCAACUGAAACACCUUUGACAACAAUUUUACACACAACUGGAAAAGGUAAUGUAGAAAUUACUACAUCUGAAACAGAAGAAUCUACAGAAGAGUUGUCAACUUAUACACCUUUGGCCACUAUUCCACAGACAACUGGCUUAGGUGAUGUAAAAACUACUAUAUCUAGAAUGCCUACAACAGAAGAGAUUACAACUGAAACACCUUUGACAACAAUUCCACAGACAACUGGCUCUGGUGAUGAAGAAACUACAAGACCUGGAAUGUCUACGACAGAAAAAUCUACGGAAGAGUUGUCAACUGAAACACCUUUGACCACAAUUUUACAGACAACUGACCAAGGUGAUGUAGAAACUACUAGAUCUGGAAUGUUCACGAUAGAAGAUUCUGCAGAAGAGUUGUCAACUGAAACACCAUUGACCACAAUUACACAGACAACUGGCUCAAGUGAUAUAGAAACUAUUAUACCUGGCAUGUCUACGACAGAACAGUUGUCAACUGAAAAAACUUUGACAACAAUUCCACAGACAACUGACUUUGGCGAUGUAGAAACUACCAGAUCUGUAAUGCCUACGACAGAAAAAUCUGCAGAAGAGUUGUCAACUGAAACACCUUUGACAACAAUUCCACAGACAACUGACUCAAGUGAUGUACAAACUACCAGAUUUGGAAUGUCUACGACAGAGAAAUCUGCAGAAGAGUUGUCAACUGAAACUCAUUUGACUACAAUUUCACAGACAACUGGCUCAGGUGAUAAAGGAACUAAUAUACCUGGAAUGUCUACGACAGAACAGUUGUCAACUGAAUCGCCUUUGACCACAAUUCUACAGAUAAUUGGCUCUGAUAAUGGAGAAACUACAAGAUCUGGAAUAUCUACGAUAAAGGAAUCUUCAGAAGAGUUGUCAACUGAAACACCUUUGACAACAAUUCCACAGACAACUGACUCAAGUGAUGUAGAAACUACCAGAUCUGUAAUGUCUACGACAGAAAAAUCUACAGAAGAGUUGUCAACUGAAAUACCUUUGACCACAAUUUCUCAGACAACUGGCCCAGGUGAUGUAGAAACUACUAGAUCUGGAAUGUCUACGAAAGAAAUAUCUUCAGAAGAGUUGUCAAAUGAACAACAUUUGACCACAAUUACACAGACAACUGGCUCAGAAGAUGUAGAAACUACUGGAUCAGAUACGUCUAAAACAAAGGAAUCUUCAGAAGAGUUGUCAACUGAAAUUCCUUUGACAACAAUUCCACAUACAACUGACUCAAGUGAUGUAGAAACUACCAGAUCUGGAAUGUCUACAAAAGAAAUAUCUUCAGAAGAGCUGUCAACUAGAAAAUCUUUGACCACAAUUACACAAACAACUGGCUCAGAAGAUGUAGAAACUACUGGAUCUGAAACGUCUAAGACAAAGGAAUCUUCAGAAGACUUAUCUUGA